GGCCUGUUUUAGUUCUCUCGAAGCUGAUAGGGCUCUCUAGCGAUAUCCCAAUUCGUCGGUCACUACUGACGUAUGCCUCCAUUCCCUCCUUCAGGGAACGAGGGUUACAUACGUAACCGAGACGUUUCUUUUGCGCUUCAUUUAAGCUAUAAAAAAGUAGGCUAAUAUGCUGUGCGCGCCGCAUUUGCGCAUGCAAUUCUUGAGUGUGUGCCGUGAGCACAGUAUAACAUCUGAUUGGACAGUCAAGUUCAUUUUUCUGAAUUUUACUGACAUAGCCUGACAACAUCUCAUCUGUUCACGCAGUUCACUGUUGUUCAACUGAAGCUCCCUCAUCGUCACCUGUAGCCUACCUUUUCCCAUUUUCAUUGAUUCAACUGAUUCGUUCAAAAAGCUGAUUAAUUCAGUAAACAAACACAGCCAUUUGUUGCUCAGGGACUCAAUUACAGUGCCGUGGAUUUGUUUUGAAUUAGUAGUCAACAUUUGAAGUGGAUCAAAACCUUUCAUCAAAGUUGUCCUAAAACCUUCUUCUUAGGACAACUUUGAUUAACUUUUUUGAUCCACUUCAAAUGUUGAUAUUCAUUGGCGAAAUUGUGGAAAAACAGACAAUGGUGUCUAAAAUGUAAACAUGAAUAAAAUUAAUAUAACAUUUAUUAUCAUGCUGAUAUCUGGAGAAAAACGGCACUCUUCAUGUGAUAUUUAUUAACUAUAUUAAAGUCACACAGUGAAAGCAUGCACUCUAAAUGCGCACCGACACUACAAGACAACAUCACAUACAGGGAUGUCAGAUCAAUUGUGCAUCGUUAAAACAACAAUUAUUAUAAAAUCACAGGCUAAAUAUAUCGCACACCCCUACCCUCUUCACAGUAAUUAAUAAUAUUUGAAAUUCAGGUCUGUAUAUAUUUCUAUUUAGACUCUUGGGGGCAGUGAAACAGAUAGGCUACUCUGGUGGCGCCAAUCAAUCUACAAUCUUUCACUUCAUGAAGUCGUGAAUUUACAUUAUGCAUUUAAAUUAAUAGUACCCACUGCAAAAUCAUACUGGGUUGGUCACAGGGGUGGCCAGAGUUUAUACAGGGGUGGCCGUGGCCACCACAGGCCACCCCUUGGGGGCCCCUGUUCAGACCUAGUGGAGUAAUAGUAAUAAUAUUUAGGUCUGAAUUAUAGGGUCAUUAUACAGAAAUGUCCACUUUUCUGUCCCUAGACUUUACAGAAAUAUUACACUUGAAAAACACUUUAGGAUUACAAUUUUUUUAUAUUUUAAUAUGAAACAAUAUGUUAUUUGAACAAUAAACCUUCUUGAGCCAUCAAUGUGGCAAUAUUUGUUUUUUAAUUAAUUAUAAAAAUUCCAAGCGCCACAAAAGUGCUCGUCCCCACAGUCAUGUACAGAGGGAAAGUGCUUUAUUUUGAGCUCAGAAACAGGUUUUUCUACCAUUUUAAAUAUAAUAAUGUAUGCAUAACUAUCAAGUAUAUAAUGUAAAUGACAUGAAAAAACCAAAUGCCGAAUAAAUAUUAUAAAAUAUAUAAUAAAUGUAGUGUUCACUGUUGUUACCUACCUUUAACAAAAAUCUCUUAUUUUGAAAUAAAAAAUCACACUGAUGACAUCACUUGACUUCCUUCUUCCUAUUUCCUGAAGAUUCAUUAAGAAAGGCCAAUGGAAAGUCCACUACCUCUUUUCAGUUAUCAGAAAUUUUAAUUAGAAAAUCAUAAUUUCAUAUGAAGCUUUUAGUUGAAGUCACUGAUAUGACCUACUUUAUUGUUAGGGAAUUAAAAAAAAAAAAAACUAGAAUACAAAUGGAUUAAAUUACUUAAUUUUGUGAGUAUACCAUGAUUGACAACAUGUGGAUUGAAACCUUGCAGCAGCCAUUUUGUAAAAUGCAUUUUUCAUGAAAAUUGCACAUAUCUUCUCACAGCGCAUGCGUUCUCUUUCGCAACUUGCACUCGAAUGUUUAAAUUGACAAGGCUUAAAUGAGUUUAGUUUAAAUGCAGAUGGAUAGCAACAUGUGCUGUUCAAGUCUCACCUGCACUCGCGCGCUAUCAACACCCGGGUAAUGACGGCGAAUUGACUGGUCAUAUAGAGCAUACGGCACUUGCAUUGAACAAAGUUUAGGGGAAGCCUGAAUACGUAUCCAUUGACAGAAACAAGCAUUAGCCUAACUCUGUCUGUCUGUCUGUUUUAUUUAUUUUUUACAAACCAUAUUAUAGAUGCGUAUGUGUCGUCAGAUAGAGAUGAACCGCGGUGCAAGUGCGUGCUGAACCGAGUGUGCAGAACGGUACGGUUGUUUUUUUUUUUACCGAGAACCAUUUCACCCCUAAUAUAUACCAACAUGGCUUUGCAAACAUAUGUUCAGAUAACGUCUUCCUCUGGCAUUCCAAAGAAAUGAAUAUAAGUGGAAAAUAUUUUCUCCUUUCUACCACGUGCUCUCUGUUCUCUGCGGUGUCUCUUCCUAUCAGCAACAAUUGCAGCCAUGUCGCAAAAUGGGUUAAGACAUGCUUUUUUGGGCAUUAAAUAAUGGCUCAAACACCAGUAAAUUGACGAGCGUAAACAUUAGUAAAUCGCAUUACGUGAUUCAUUUAAAUAUUCUCCUCCCAUAAAUUUUGCGUCUGAAAGGGAAUCUCCUACAAAUGCAUAGCUAUGCAAUAAGGUCAGCCACAAAAACAAUUCAGUCCACGCCUUUUCAGCACUAAUUUUGCACUGUGUGUCUUUAGUAGUUUUUUAUCACUAAAAGAGGGUUUGCACUGGUGCAAGCUGUUAGUAAAUCUGGCCCAUAGCCAUGAUGCAAUAAAGGCUUUUUAUAACUUUUUCAACAAGAUUUGAGUGCCUUGGAUUACUAUUAUUUUUACAUCAACUCGGAGCAAACGUUUUAUUAAUGUUACUGGAUGAAUGUUUGUUCAUAAGUUUGAGAGAACUUUGCCAGAACAUUAGAAGAAUGUUCCCUGUUAGCUGAGUUAGAGUUGAAUGAGGAAGAUUACAUGUAAUUAAAAGGGUCUGGAGAACCUAACUGACUGCAGUUUACAGCAGCUGCAGUUUCUGUAGAAAUCUGUCACAUUUUACACUUUUUGUUGAAUGUCGAACAUUUCAAAACUAAUCAAGCAAGUUGUACAUUGUGAUUACAGAUUUCUUUUUUCCUGUUGAAAAAAUCAGAUUAAUGCCUUUGUUUGCAUAAAGUAUGUUUUAAGCCUGUGCACUGUGUGAUUUAAUGUGCAAAUAUUGCAGUAUGUCUGACUUUAUUACCUAUAAAGUGGGAUAAUGGUGUCAGAUAUAAUGUGAAAGACAAACCAGAUUAAAUCACACCAUGAUAAAAUAAGUCUAAUUCAAACAACUUAGUUUAGAGCAGAGAAACACUGCAGACUAUUGUUUGUACAAUUUAUUCAGUUUUUGAAUAGAAUCAAGUUAAAGUGGAUCUCUUUUACAGGUCUUGAAGGUCACCUAAGAACAAAACAAAGGAAGACAAUGGAUACUCAUCUGCGUCAAAGAGGAUUUCAUCAGCCUUUAAAUAAUGCAGUGCGAGAGCAGGCACAGAGCAACAUCAAGAACACUGAACUAAGGAUCGUCCUUCUGGGGAAAACUGGAGUUGGGAAAAGUUCAACAGGAAACACUAUACUGGGAGAGAACAAAUUUGAAUGUAAAAAAAGUUUGAGCUCUGUAACAAAGCAAUGUAAGUUUGGGGAGUCAGUUGUUGGAGGCCGAUGUGUAUCUGUCAUUGACACUCCUGGGUUUUUUGACACAACACUUCCAGAAGAAGAGAUGGCAGAAGAGAUGGCAAAGAGUGUGUUUCUGUCUGCACCAGGACCUCAUGCAUUCUUAUUUGCACUUCCUGUAGAUAGAUUCACAAAGCAGGAGAAAGAAGUACUGACAGAAAUUCAAAACAUUUAUGGUGUCGAUGUACUGAAAUAUCUUAUAAUCCUCUUCACAAAUGGGGAUGAUAUUGACCCAGAGACAUUUAAGUCAGAGGUAAAUGAGCAUAACAUAUUAGGACCAAUUGUUAAGAGCUGUCAGGGGUAUCACGUCUUCAACAAUAAAGAUCAGAAUAACAGAGAGCAGGUGAAUGAUCUACUGCAGAAGAUUGACACAAUGAUAGAGCAGAAUGAAGGAGAAUACUACAGUAAUCAGAUGUUUCAAGAUGCUCAGAGAUUCAGACAAGAGGAAGAAGAGAAAAUAAAAAGAGAAGAAGAGAGAAGAAAUAUAGAGAAAGCAGAAUAUAGCGUAGAGUACCACAAUCCGUUAUUUUCGGAGUCACUGAGAUUUGUACCACAGGAUAGAAGGAAUAGAGAAAGCCAAUACUCUGACCGUGCAAGAACAUCAGCAUUUAAGCGUUUCCGACAAAGUUUCAUUAAAUUUUUUAUACGUCUUGCAAAUCGAUUCCGUCAACACAGAGAAAACCCAUCAUACUCACCUAUGAAGGAAUUCAACUAAGAAUGUGUACUUUAAUUACACAGUAUGUUUCUUAAAAAUGCAAUCCAGAAAGGGUGCAAUAGUUGUUGCAAAACAGAAUCAGAUGUUUUCUGUCAUGCAUUUUUUCCAUAUAUUUAAAUCACAUGUAAGACACACAUUUUCUACUUGGAUAUUAAAAUUCACAUUAUGGAUAGGUUUCUUUUCUUUUUUUUUUUUUUUUUUUUUA